CAGCCGCGUGCCGACCUCUCCAAGAUGGCCGUGGGCAAGAACAAGCGGCUGUCCAAGGGCAAGAAGGGCAAGGGCAAGAAGAUCGUCGACCCCUUCACCAAGAAGGAGUGGUAUGACAUCAAGGCGCCCGGAAACUUUUCCGUGCGCAACUGCGGCAAGACGCCGGUGACCCGCACCACGGGCACCAAGAUUGCGUCGGAGAUGCUCAAGGGGCGCGUGUUCGAGGUGUGCCUCGCGGACCUGAAUAAGGACGAGGACCAGCACUACCGGAAAAUCAAGCUGCAGUGCGAGGAGGUGCAGGGCCACUCGUGCCUCACGCAGUUCUACGGCCUGACCUUCACCACGGACAAGCUCCGCUCGAUGGUGAAGAAGUGGCAGUCCCUCAUCGAGGCGCACGUUGACGUCAAGACUUCGGACGGCUACGUCAUGCCCCUCUUUUGCAUGGGCUUCCCCAAGAAGCGGCCCACCCAGCUCAAAAAGACGUGCUACGCAAACGCGGCGCAGCAGAAGGGGCCCCCCCCUCCCCCCCCCCCCCCCGCGAGCAUCCGCAAGAAGAUGCGCGAGAUCAUGUCGCGCGAGUCGACCUCCUGCGAGCUCAAGGAGCUGGUCAACAAGUUCAUCCCGGAGGUGAUCGGCAAGGAGAUCGAGAAGGCGUGCCAGGGCAUCUACCCCAUGCAGAACGUGCACAUCCGCAAGGUCAAGAUGCUCAAGAAGCCUAAGUUCGACCUCACCAAGCUGCUCGAGGCGCACGGUGACUCGGGCCCCGCCGCCGCCGCCGCCGACACGGGCGACAAGGUGGAGGUGGCCGCCGACGCGGACCCGGCGGCGCGGCCCGACCGCGGCGCCGUGCUGUAAGCGCGACGCUUGAGGGCUUGUGGAGCGGCGGGCGCCCUGAGCAGCGUGUUGCAGGGUGCGCACGAUCUGGCUGGGCUGACUGCUUGUGGAGAGUGGGUGAGUCCGUGCCUGGACGGAUAGAAAGGUAUUACAGUUGAAACCUAUCGAGAACUGCGG